GAGGAGGAGGAGGAUAAGGAUGGGGGAGGCUCCGCCUCGGCCGGGCCGCGCCUCGCCAUGAGCGGCGAGAAGAAGAAGAAGAAGCCGAAGAAGAAGAAGCCGACGACGACGACGACGCGCCUCAGCCGAGACGGGCACGGGAGACAAGGAAUUGGCGGCCCCAGUGUGUACCAUGCUGUGGUGGUCAUCUUCCUGGAGUUCUUCGCCUGGGGGUUGCUCACCACUCCGAUGCUGACGGUCUUACGCCAGACCUUCCCUCAACACACUUUCUUAAUGAACGGACUGAUCCACGGAGUCAAGGGUCUGCUGUCUUUCCUAAGUGCCCCCUUGAUUGGGGCGCUGUCCGACGUCUGGGGCCGAAAAUCGUUCCUCCUCCUCACGGUGUUCUUCACCUGUGCGCCGAUCCCUCUCAUGAAGAUCAGUCCGUGGUGGUAUUUUGCUGUCAUUUCGAUGUCCGGUGUCUUUGCUGUCACUUUCUCUGUGAUCUUUGCCUACGUCGCUGACAUCACUGAGGAACACGAGCGCAGUACGGCUUACGGACUGGUGUCGGCCACGUUUGCCGCCAGCUUGGUGACCAGCCCGGCCAUCGGGGCGUACCUCUCCCGUGAUUACAGCGACACCCUGGUGGUCGUCCUGGCCUCAGGGGUGGCGCUGCUGGACCUCGGCUUCAUCCUCUGGGCCGUCCCGGAGUCCCUGCCGGAAGAGAUGCGCCCGGCCUCCUGGGGGGCCCCCAUCUCCUGGGGGCAAGCAGAUCCCUUUGCUUCUCUCCGCAAAGUGGGCCAGGACUCCACCGUUCUCCUCAUCUGCAUCGCCGUCUUCCUCUCCUACCUCCCGGAAGCCGGGCAGUACUCCAGCUUCUUCCUCUACCUGCGGCAGGUCGUCCGCUUUUCCUCCGAGGCCGUGGCAGCCUUUAUCGCCGUGGUUGGGGUUCUGUCCAUCUUGGCACAGACGGUGGUGCUGGGGAUCCUCAUGCAAUCCAUUGGGAACAAGAACACCAUCCUCUUGGGUCUCGGCUUCCAGAUCCUCCAGCUGGCUUGGUACGGCUUCGGUUCCCAGCCUUGGAUGAUGUGGGCCGCCGGGGCGGUGGCUGCCAUGUCGAGCAUCACUUUCCCCGCUAUCAGCACGAUGGUGUCCAGGAACGCGGAUCCCGACCAGCAAGGGGUGGCUCAAGGGAUGGUCACGGGCAUCCGGGGAUUGUGCAACGGGCUGGGCCCGGCCCUCUACGGCUUCGUCUUCUACCUCUUCCACGUGGAGCUGAAUGAGAUGGCCGAGGCGGAACCCCUGGGCAGAACUGCCAAGCCCAACAUGAUCAACCCCACUGACGAGAGGGGCAUCAUUCCCGGGCCCCCUUUCCUCUUCGGCGCGUGCUCGGUCCUGCUCUCUCUCCUCGUGGCCUUGUUCAUCCCGGAGCACAGCCUCGCCCCGAGGUCGGGCGGCCACCGGAAGCAGGCCCACGGCGCCCAGGCCCUGGCCCACUCCCCCAGUCCUCAGUUGCGGGGAGCGGACUCCAAGGAGCCCCUGCUGAACGACGGCAGCUGUGUAUGAGGGCAGCGGAUGGGGGCCUCUUGGGCUUGUGACACUCGCCGAGGACGGGCUGCACCCCUGCGGGGCGUGGCAGUGGAGGGGCAAGAAGGGCCGUGUGACUGUGCUGCUGUCGUGGCUAGAGGGGGCAGCGGCAGUGGCAGGGAACCUGCCCCUCUCAGAGCCCAAAGCAUUCAGCAGGUCCGCAAGGAGAGGACACCCUUGCUGAAAGAUCCCUGACGUUCGCCACGCGACAGGUGCCGCAAAGCAUCAUGGGGGAGCUUGGCCUGCCUUACCAGAUACCAGAGUGCCUCCUUUCUAGCCAGGAGGAUGACGGUGGUGAGCUGAGCUGACUCUCGCCAAGCCGACGCGUCCGCUAAACGCCCCUUCCUCUGGCGCAGGGAUGCUUUUACAAAGCACUUCGCUAGUAGCGCUGCUGGGCUGUCUCUAGUCACCGUUGGCCGGCUUCAGCCGCUGGAGAACGGGAUCCGGGGAGUGGGUAGUACUAUUCCUCUCUGGCUGGCCCGCGGCCCAGGCUCUGAGGAAAAUUGGAAGUGCUUUUCCCGGUGCAAACUUCCAGUGUGUGUCGACCGUCUCCCUUUCGGACUGUGUCUUCGCCUCCCCCUGAAAGGAUAGAGGAGCUGCGAUUUCAACCAGGCGAACGGGAGGUUCCCCGCCCGCCCCCCGGGUGCUGAGGUAUGGAGCCCUCUAACAAACAGAGGGACCCUGUUCAUCCUCUCCUGCCUACGCUUGAGCGCCGUUCCUCGAAACGUCUGAUCCGAGAGUCGCUCCAAACUCUGUGCCUCAAAAGACCUGCCCGUAGGCCAUGAAGGAAUCAAUCCAUCUAAAUCUCCCCAAGGUUCCUGUGAGUCCAAAUCUCCCCCCACCCAACCAGGUGAGGAGGGUGCCCACUGCCUCUCUGCACGAGUGAGUGUGCUCGCCUCGCUUCCAUGCAGCCUCUCUCUCUCUCUCUGGACGCUUAGACUCCGCAAUCCUGUCCGCGCCUUGAAAGCGAGCCCCGUUGAUUCCAAAGUAAGGGGGUCUCAUAGCUUUCCCCCGCCUGGUGCUGGCAUGGGAAUGA